UCACUGUACUGUCUCAUUCCAACAACCACUGAAAACAAAUAAGUUCGUCUCGGGGAUGUAAGCUAGUUAUACUUCUAAGCUGACAUUACCCAUAUAGUCAUACCUACACACGGGAUUACUUUUAUUUCUGACGAUAGCAUUUUUUUUAUCAAAAAUGGUUGGUUGGCUUGGCUGAACCUGACACUAGCAUUGAAGAUGUUCCAAAGCGAGACAGUUGAAGCCUUGAAGGUGUUAUCUUUCUCAACAGAAACCUAUAAAAGUCCCGAGAAAUUGCUUAUUGCUCAGUUUUCGUCUUCUUCCUUCUUCUUCUUGAGCCUCAACAUUUUUGACACUCUCUCUACCGAAACUCCUAAAAUUCUCGUUUCUUUAAGGCCAUGGAGAUGAUGGUGAAGAAAUACCUACAAAAGUACAAAAAGGUUAGAGAGGAAAUGGACAAAUGGGACCAGCUUCAAUCUCGUUUGCUUACACAGUUCAGAAAUGCGUCCGCAAUCAUAGAGAGAUUGCAGGUGCUUGAGGAUAACAAAUAUUACUGUGGUUCAUUAAGGUCUAUUAAUGGUCUCAAGGAAACACUCUAUGGGAAGCAAAGAAUCAGUUUAGAAACCAUUCUUCGCUCCAUGGAUGAAACAAUGGGAGAAUUUUGUUCUGUUGUGGUGUCAUUGAACAAGAUUGUCCGAGAUAGUAAAGAGUUGGUGAAAGGAGGAUCUGUGAAACUGUCUAAGAAUCUAAGGCAGACCCAAAUUGGGAUUACACCAAGUAUUGCAUAUUGUUUGGAGGGUCUUGAAGUUCUUCACGAGAUGCACCACUCUGAGUACCUUUUAAAACUAUCAGUAAUAUCAGCGAUUCCUUCACUUAUGUUGAAGAAGGCAUCUUGUGCCGGAGAUUUGGCUGGACUCGGACAACUCUUAGUUGAUCAACCUAAUAUACCAAAAGGGGAAGUCCAACAGAUUUUCGACAUCAUAUUUGCAGAUCAAAUUGAAUGAAUUCAGUCAUAUAACAAGUAUACAGAAGCAGGUUAUGGGUACUGUCGGUUUCAUAAGUGAAGACCCAUUUUGUGAUCCUUUUCUCCUGAAUGAAUGACCGACUGUACAUUGUUCAAUACCUUACGCCUAGUUUUUAUUAACAAUAGCAAAAAACAUACCACAAAUUGUCUUCUUUGUGGUUGUUCUACUGAAAUUUCAUUUGUUUUUUUUUUGUAAUUACAGCCGUACUAAAUAUGUUUUACAGUAUAUUUUGAACAUGGGAGGCUGAUUUUUGAGGUGGAAAAAUUUGUUAUGUCUCUAGUA